AUGGGAUGUACCCUGAGCGCCGAGGAAAGAGCCGCCCUGGAGCGGAGCAAGGCCAUCGAGAAGAACCUGAAGGAGGACGGGAUCAGCGCCGCCAAAGACGUGAAACUCCUCCUGCUCGGGGCCGGUGAGUCGGGGAAAAGCACCAUCGUGAAGCAAAUGAAGAUCAUCCAUGAGGAUGGCUUCUCUGGAGAAGACGUGAAGCAGUACAAGCCAGUGGUGUACAGCAACACUAUACAGUCACUGGCAGCUAUUGUACGUGCCAUGGAUACCUUGGGCAUCGAAUACGGUGAUAAGGAGCGACGGGCGGAAGGGAGAAGGUUGUCUCUCCUGCAAUGCACAGCAGCUCAGAGGGGGGUCAUGACUUUGGAUCUGCUGUCAGCUAUGAUGAGACUCUGGGCAGACUCUGGGAUCCAAGAAUGCUUCAACCGGUCCCGGGAAUAUCAACUUAACGACUCGGCCCAAUACUACCUAGACAGCUUAGAUCGAAUCGGAGCUGCAGACUACCAGCCCACGGAGCAGGAUAUCCUCCGAACCAGGGUCAAAACAACUGGCAUUGUAGAAACCCACUUCACAUUCAAAAACCUCCAUUUCAGGCUCUUUGAUGUCGGGGGCCAGCGGUCAGAACGCAAGAAGUGGAUUCACUGCUUUGAGGAUGUCACAGCGAUCAUUUUCUGCGUCGCGCUGAGUGGCUACGACCAGGUGCUCCAUGAAGACGAAACCACGAACCGCAUGCACGAAUCACUGAAGCUUUUUGACAGCAUCUGCAACAACAAAUGGUUCACAGAUACGUCUAUCAUCCUCUUUCUAAACAAGAAGGACAUAUUUGAGGAGAAAAUUAAGAAAUCUCCACUGACUAUCUGCUUUCCUGAGUAUACAGGCCCAAACUCUUUCACGGAGGCGGUGGCUUACAUCCAGGCUCAGUACGAGAGCAAGAACAAGUCCCCCAACAAGGAGAUCUACACGCACAUCACCUGCGCCACCGACACCAACAACAUCCAGUUCGUCUUCGACGCCGUCACGGAUGUCAUCAUCGCCAACAACCUGCGGGGAUGUGGACUCUACUAAAGCCCUCUCCUCCCCUCCUCUCCUCAUCCCCGCCGGGAGCAUCCUCCGGUCCCGCGGACAGGUCCUCUCUCUUUCUUUU